CACUAUCUCUCUAAUCUACGCUAUGCACAUAUAUUGAUGCUAUCCCGAGAUCGAAAUUUAGCUAGAGCGAUUUCUGCACCUGCAUUUGCACAGACAUUCGAGGGGUGCAUAAAAUUUCAUGCGAGGAACAAUUAGUGGGGCGGCAUCAGGCGGAUUAACUUAAUGCCGCAUGAGUGCAGCGACCAAAAAAAUAUAUUCGCAGUUCUUCAAUACCCUCACUUUUCACAACAUAUCACCAAACAGCCACGAUGGUUAUGCAAUUUUGUGACGCCUGUGGCAAUCUCCUGGAUGUCUCUUUAGACAAAUUUGUAAGAUGUGACUGUUGUGGAGAUUCCGUUCUGAGUACAUACUCUCGUCUUCCACUGUGUACACAAAAGCUAACAAUGUGGUAGAUUCAAUGGUGAGCGAAGGACAAUCAGCUGUAUCUAUGGCCAGAUCCGACAACUUUCCUUCCCUCCUUCGGACGAAACGUUCAAAUGUCCAACAAGUAUCUGCCGAUGAUCGAAAGUCCACCGAAAAAGUUAAACGCAGCUGUGAAAAUCCAAAUAUAGACUGUCCGGCGGAGGAAAUGACUUUCCGUAAUGUGCAGAUGAGAGGUGCCGAUGAAGGUUCAACAAUUAUUUACACAUGCCCAGAAUGUGGAUAUGGGUUAGUGACACUAUAUCAUCUUACUUAUUUGCUAUGAAUAUGGCUAAUAAUUGAAUAGAUUCCAAGAGGGAAACUAAUGUGGGAAAAUAAUCGCGUUGAUAUUGCGGGCUGCGGAUGUAUUUGAGAGCAGCUAAAAUAAGUUUUGCAAAGCAACAAUACUAUAAUCUGACCUGCGGGUCAUAAUUCUAUCCCCUAUCAUCAGUCCAAACAGACAUGUCGAAGGUGCCAUCAUUCCGCGCUGUGGCCCUUCCUCGGUGGACCACAAUCAGCCAUCGACAGCCUUCUUCACUUCCCGAAAAUCCGCAUCAAGCUUGAACUUGACACUCACUGCAAGGGCCGGGAUAGCCUCCAACAGCAUCUUGCCCCUGCGUAGGGCAGGCACUGUCAUGACAAGAUUUCCAGCCGUUUCUAGUUGUAACGCUGUGCCUGCAGGCGCAUUCCCAAAUCUCGAUAUGGCACAUGGAUCUAUAAGUGUUAGUUGGCACCAGGAUUAGAAAGGAUGUAUUAAGACAUACAAUUCUUCAAGGUCGAGAAUUGGUCUUUCGGUUAUCUCGCUUUUUUGCUGGUAGUGGUGCCGGUGAUGAUAGAGGUAGAAUCUUAUCUUCAUCAAAUUAGUAUUAGAACGGAAAGCUAUAAAAUGAUUAGAUUUGCCUU